ACUACAUAUUUUUAUUCACAUCUCUACCUCUUAUAUGAAAGGGUUUCUCAUAAAAAUAUAUAAACCUUCAAGAAAUACGGUGAAAUCCAAAAUCAUACCUUUUAACAAUGCUUCGGUCGAUGUAUCAAAGGUCCAAUGCAUUUAGGCUUAUGCUUCCAUCUCGCCGAAUGCAGCAGACUGUUGCGGAAACAGAGAUGAAACAUAUCCCGACUCCAGCUCCACCUGUGAAACAUAUAGUUCAGUCAAGUCCAAACAAAACUGUUGGCAAAUGGUUUCUGGGAUGCAGCGGCAUGGUCUUCGUUGCUGUUGGACUGGGUGGUGUAACAAGGCUAACAGAAUCAGGACUUUCAAUGGUAUCUUGGAACUUGGUGGGUGAACAUAUGCCACGAAAUCGAGACGAGUGGAUAAAAGAGUUUGAGAACUAUCAACAGUAUCCGGAAUUUAAGCUAAAGAAUGCUAAAAUGACUGUGGAUGAGUUUAAAUUUAUUUACAUGAUGGAAUAUAUACACAGAAUGUGGGGCCGCGCAAUUGGAGCGUUUUUCAUAAUUCCUGCAGCAUACUUCUGGAAAAAAGGAUACUUUUGUGCAAAAACUAAGAAAAUGGUGCUUGUGCUAGGAACUCUAAUUGGUCUGCAAGGACUGAUGGGAUGGUAUAUGGUUAAGUCCGGAUUGGAGAACCGAUUUGAUAAUCCAAAUGAUGUGCCUCGCGUUUCUCAGUAUCGAUUAGCUUCACAUUUAGCUGCAGCAUUUGUGCUAUAUUCGCUGUUCUUAUCUAAUGCAAUGUCCAAGUUGAUACCAGCGGAAACAUUGACGUCUGCAGCAAAGCGUGUACCCAAAAUUAAAAUGCUGUCACAUAUGACGAAAGGUAUGGUGUUCCUGACUGCAAUAUCCGGUGCAUUUGUUGCUGGACUGGACGCUGGAUUAGUAUAUAACUCAUUUCCGAAAAUGGGCGAUGACUGGAUACCUGAUGACAUUUUGCAAUUUAAGCCAAUGCUGAAAAAUGUAACAGAAAACCCAACGACGGUGCAAUUUAAUCAUCGUAUCCUGGGCAUCACAACAGUUUCAUUAAUAACAGCCUUAUGGUUGGCAAUGAGACGCCAGAAAUUGCCCAAGCGUGCAAAGUGGGCUAUCAAUGCAGUCGCUGUUAUGGCCUGGACACAAGCCACCUUAGGCGUAACUACAUUACUCAACUAUGUACCUGUGCCUCUGGCUACAGCUCAUCAAUCUGGAUCACUGAUACUCCUAAGCACUGCUGUGUGGCUUUCGCACGAACUUCGUUUUUUGAAAUACAUACCAAAAUAAAUACGAGUAUUGUAAUUUUAUAUUGU